ACGAAAAGAUAAUGAAAUAUGAAAGCAGAAAUCAUUUUCUUCUUCAUAUGGUAAAGGUCUUUUGUUAAACUUUCUCAAUCAUGCCCUCCAUAGUUAGCCAAAAAACCAAACAGAACAAGAUGGGUGUUGCUGCUUGUGGGGCAAGGACGCACAGUAUAAUUAAUUAAUUAAUUAGUCCUCAAGCGAAGAAACAAACAGCAAUGGCUACGCAAAUUCAGAGCUUUCUCUCGGAAUGAGGGUUAAAAAAAACGGAGAGUUUGAAUGCAUUGAAGCUAAGCAAAGCAGGGGAUUUUCGGGAAGCCCAUAACCUCACAGCCUGUAGAAUUAUGGAAGACAGAGAGCAGUAGAGUCCCACAUAACUCCAAACAACCCAUGUGAUUUUUUUUUUUCUUCUUCUUGAUCACCACAACUGUACCCUUUCAUCACGAAGACCCAGAUUUCUGAAUCUUUUCUUUUCACCUUUCACCUUGCUCUGAAUUCUACUUUCUGCCGUUCUAGGCCUUGGAUCUUGGAUGUUUCUGUUGUCCAUGUCCUUCAUUUUCAGCAGAAGUUCCCAGAACUAAAGCCACUUUUGUGCAUGAAAUCCUUCCUUUGUGGUUUCAGAGUACUCUGUUUCUUUAUUUUGGGGUUUUUUCUGCAUUGUUGUGGCUUUCGUUGUCAUUCUGUUAUUGCUUGCUUGGGUUUUUGGUUCUUUCUUUCAGUUUCAAGAACUAAACAGAAGUUCUGUAAUUUAACAAGCGACAGUUCUCUGUUUCUUCCUUCUCCUACACUAGCUUCAUUUUCUUAGUAUAUAUAUCCGUUUUUUAUUCUCGAAUAAGAAAGCAGAGAAAGUUCGUCAUGUGGGAGUCUGAGAGCGAGAGUUACAGCGGAGUAAGAGACAGGAGCUUCCUGCCGGAGGGCGAGGCCGACAAGCAAGACGGCUUCAAGCCAGAUGGCUUCAUUCGCAGAGAGCAAUCUUGGCACGUCUCGAGUGACAUUCCCAGCGAUCUUGUAAUCAAAGUCGGCGAAUUGACUUUCAAUCUGCAUAAAUAUCCUCUGCUCUCGAGAAGCGGCAAAAUGAACAGGAUGAUCUACGAGACCUCGCGGGAGCUGGACCCGAACGUUGUAGUGGAGCUUAACGACCUCCCCGGCGGGUUCGAGGCCUUCGAGCUAGCGGCGAAGUUCUGCUACGGGAUCGCAGUGGAUCUAACCGCCGCAAACAUCGCCGGUCUUCGGUGUGCGGCUGAAUACCUGGAAAUGACAGAGGAUCUGGAGGAAGGCAACCUCAUAUUCAAAACGGAAGCUUUUCUGAGCUAUGUGGUUCUAUCUUCAUGGCGGGACUCCAUCGUGGUGCUCAAGAGCUGCGAGGGACUUUCUCCAUGGGCGGAGAACCUGCAGAUCGUGCGGCGUUGCAGCGAGUCAAUUGCGUGGAAGGCGUGCGCAAACCCGAGGGGAAUACGGUGGGCGUACGGCGGCCGCCCGUCGCGCACGAACAGCCCUAAGUGGUCCGCUGCCGGCGGAGGAGAUCCUCGGGACUCGCCGGUGCCGGCGGACUGGUGGUUUGAAGACGUGUCCAUCCUUCGGAUCGACCACUUCGUGCGCGUUGUGACCGCCAUCAAGGUGAAGGGAAUGCGACACGAGCUGAUCGGCGCCGCCAUCAUGCAAUACGCAGCGAAAUGGUUACCUGGUCUAGUGAAGGACAACAACAACAUCAGCAGCAGCGACGACUACUCCUCCAUUGCAGCCGGCGGCGGAGGACUCCACAUGAUUGUUGCCGCCGGCACAGGCCCCGCCAGCGCUGGAGUUAGGGAAGCAGAGUGGACAGGAUCGGCUGCCAGAGAACAGAGGAUGGUGAUAGAAAGCCUUAUAAGCAUCAUUCCAGCUCAACGAGACAGCGUAACAUGCGGAUUUCUCUUGCGGCUUCUACGCCAAGCGAGCUUAUUGAAAGUGGCGCAGGCAUUGGUGACGGAGCUGGAGAAGAGGGUGGGGAUGCAAUUGGAGCAGGCGAGCUUAGCCGAUUUGAUGAUUCCGGCUUAUUAUAGUAAGAGCGAGACUAUGUUUGAUGUGGAUUUGGUGCAGAGAUUGGUGGAGCAUUUUUUGGUGCAGGAACAGACGGCGGAAGGGGAAAGUCCGCCGGCGGGAAAGCAUGGAACGAAUGCAAAGAUGAGGGUGGCGAGAUUGAUUGAUAGUUACUUGACGGAGGUGUCGAGAGAUCGGAAUUUGUCGCUGACAAAGUUUCAAGUUUUGGCUGAGGCUUUGCCGGAUUCGGCGAGGUCUUGUGAUGAUGGGCUUUACAGGGCUGUUGACUCUUACCUCAAGGCUCACCCGACCCUAACAGAACACGAGAGAAAACGCCUAUGCCGUGUAAUGGACUGCCAAAAACUCUCCAUCGACGCCUGCAUGCACGCCGCACAGAACGAACGCCUUCCCCUCCGAAUCGUCGUCCAAGUCCUCUUCUCCGAGCAAGUCAAAAUCAGCAACGCCAUCGCCAAUUCCACCCUCAAAGAAGCCGCCGCCGCAGCCUCUGUCGCCACUGACGGCCACCCAUACCAACCCAUCAUCUCCACACGCAAACAGCUCAUCGAAGGCACGCCCCAAUCCUUCCAGGAAGGCUGGGCCGCCGCCAAAAAGGAUAUAAACACACUGAAAUUCGAGCUCGAAACAAUGAAGACGAAGUAUUCCGAGCUUCAAAAUGACAUGGAAGGUUUGCAGAGGCAGUUUGAUAAGAUGUCGGCGACGACGGCUCUGGCUGCUAAGACGGGGAAGCAUGGGUCAACGGCGGCGUCAUCGGGGUGGACGAGUGGGUGGAAGAGAUUGAGUAGGCUGACUAAGAUGGGAGGCAUGGAAGGGCAGGAGCAGAUGACGGCGGGUGGAGGUGCGGCGGAUGUGGCCGCUGUGAGGAAGGGGACGAGGAGGUGGAGGAAUUCUAUUUCCUAGGAUUUGAAGCGGGAGAAGGGAAGUAAAAGAAAAAAGAAAAGGGUAAUUGUGACCGUUGAAGGUAGUGAAGUGAAAUAAGAGUGUUGGUAAUGGGAUUGUAAUUCGCCUUUUGAAUUUGAAUUUUAAUUCCAUGUCUCUGGUUUUGGUACUUCAAAA